CGAUUUGCUGAACAAAUUGGUAUGAACAUUGAAAAUAUUGGCAAUUUUGGUUUAUUUUUGGCAAAACGACGAUACAACAACAGUAACAAUGCUCAUUACAUUUCAUCAGUUUGCUCAACACAAUAUCCCGACAGUCUUUGCGUUCGCUUGCUGCGCAAUUUCGAAUCGCCUUAUUUAUCGACACAUUUGCUCAAUCAGAAAUCGGCAGCAGCAGGAGUGUUUUGUUAUGUAACAAUUAGGAAGCUAAUUUGGGAUCCGAGGAUUGAAGAAGAAAUGCUCGAUGAUCCUGGAGCCCUCUUACUACUAUAUUACGUGCCGAAUUUCGAGCCUCAAGAAUACGCGUAUGGCGAAUCGCCCAGCAGGACACCGGCGAUUUCACGUUCCAGUUUGAAUAUUUGA